AUGUCAGAGAAAAGCACAACUCGAGGGAGAGGGUGUGAGAGUGAGAAAGGGAAAAAUGGGGGGAAGAAGAGACGGGGCAAAAAGUGUGGCGUGAACGAACAAGAGGAGAGCUUCAUAAGGGGGCUGUGUCCGGCUGUUUUCCCCUGCCCCUGCCUAAAGAGCUCUCUUGGGGACAGCGAGACCAACUCUGCCAGGCCUUCUCUCUCGCACCCCCACUUACCCAGGCCCAACUGCAAGCUCACACACGGGCGCUGA